CACAUCUACGCAUCCCUUCCAUUUCUUAAAUUAGCCACCUUAAGCUUCGAGAUACCGCCCCCAAUUUCAGUGUCGGUACGGAGCCGCCAGGCCGGGACAGAGACGGAGAGAGAGCCCUCGGCCAUGGAAGCGCUCGGACCCGGCCCGCCUGCCCCUACCUCCCUCUUCCAGCCACCGCGCCGGCCCGGCUUGGGUACGGUGGGGAAGCCGAUUCGCCUGCUGGCCAAUCACUUCCAGGUGCAGAUCCCCAAGAUCGACGUCUACCAUUAUGACAUCGACAUCAAACCUGAAAAACGGCCCCGCAGGGUCAACAGAGAGGUGGUGGACACAAUGGUUAGACAUUUUAAGAUGCAGAUCUUUGGGGACCGGCAGCCUGGAUAUGAUGGAAAGAGGAACAUGUACACGGCACAUCCGCUACCCAUCGGGAGGGACAGGGUGGAUCUGGAGGUGACGCUGCCGGGUGAAGGGAAGGAUCAGACUUUUAAGGUGUCUCUGCAGUGGGUGUCGGUGGUCAGUCUGCAGAUGCUACUGGAAGCUCUGUCUGGUCACCUGAACGAGGUGCCGGAGGAUUCAGUUCAGGCUCUGGACGUCAUCACUCGUCACCUGCCUUCCAUGCGGUACACUCCAGUAGGCCGGUCCUUCUUCUCUCCACCAGAGGGCUACUAUCAUCCACUGGGAGGAGGGAGGGAGGUGUGGUUCGGUUUCCAUCAGUCUGUCCGUCCUGCCAUGUGGAACAUGAUGCUCAACAUAGAUGUGUCAGCAACAGCGUUUUACAGAGCUCAGCCUGUCAUCGAAUUCAUGUGUGAGGUUUUGGACAUCCAGAACAUCAACGAGCAGACCAAACCCCUCACAGAUUCACAACGUGUCAAGUUCACCAAGGAGAUCCGAGGACUGAAAGUGGAGGUCACACACUGCGGCCAGAUGAAGAGGAAGUACCGUGUGUGUAAUGUCACGCGCCGCCCAGCCAGUCAUCAGACGUUUCCUUUGCAGCUUGAGAAUGGACAAGCUAUGGAGUGCACCGUUGCCCAGUAUUUCAAACAAAAGUACAGCCUGCAGCUCAAAUACCCCCACCUGCCCUGCCUCCAGGUGGGACAGGAGCAGAAGCACACGUACCUUCCCCUGGAGGUUUGUAAUAUAGUGGCAGGACAGCGCUGCAUAAAGAAACUAACAGAUAAUCAGACCUCCACCAUGAUCAAAGCUACGGCCCGCUCAGCCCCAGACAGACAGGAGGAGAUCAGCCGACUGGUCAAAAGCAACAGUAUGGUUGGCGGGCCCGACCCUUAUCUGAAAGAGUUUGGCAUUGUGGUGCACAAUGACAUGACCGAGGUGACAGGGCGGGUCCUCCCAGCGCCCAUGCUGCAGUAUGGGGGCCGGAAUAAGACGGUGGCCACACCCAACCAGGGCGUCUGGGACAUGAGGGGGAAGCAGUUUUAUGCCGGAAUAGAGAUCAAGGUUUGGGCCGUGGCCUGCUUCGCCCCUCAGAAACAAUGCAGAGAGGACCUGCUCAAGAGUUUCACUGACCAGCUGCGCAAGAUUUCCAAGGAUGCUGGGAUGCCGAUCCAAGGCCAGCCGUGCUUCUGCAAAUACGCCCAGGGUGCAGACAGUGUGGAGCCCAUGUUCAAGCAUCUCAAGAUGUCUUACGUGGGCCUGCAGCUCAUCGUGGUCAUCCUGCCCGGAAAAACACCUGUCUAUGCGGAGGUGAAGCGUGUGGGAGACACUCUCCUGGGAAUGGCCACUCAGUGUGUUCAGGUGAAGAACGUGGUAAAAACGUCUCCUCAGACGCUCUCCAACCUCUGUCUGAAGAUCAACGCCAAACUAGGAGGCAUCAACAAUGUGCUGGUGCCACAUCAGAGGCCUUCUGUGUUCCAGCAGCCGGUGAUCUUCUUGGGUGCGGAUGUCACUCACCCUCCAGCGGGCGAUGGGAAGAAGCCGUCCAUCGCUGCAGUGGUAGGCAGUAUGGACGGACACCCGAGCCGAUACUGCGCCACCGUACGGGUGCAAACGUCCCGCCAGGAUCUGUCCCAGGAGCAGCUCUUCAGCCAGGAGGUCAUCCAGGAUCUCACCAACAUGGUGCGCGAGCUGCUCAUUCAGUUCUACAAAUCCACCCGAUUCAAGCCCACGCGCAUUAUCUACUACCGCGGAGGAGUUUCUGAGGGCCAGAUGAAGCAGGUGGCGUGGCCAGAGCUGAUCGCCAUCAGGAAAGCCUGCAUCAGUCUAGAAGAGGAUUACAGGCCGGGAAUCACAUACAUCGUAGUGCAGAAACGCCACCACACUCGACUCUUCUGCUCCGACAAAGCCGAGAGGGUUGGGAAGAGUGGCAACGUCCCAGCAGGCACUACGGUGGACAGCACCAUCACACACCCCUCAGAGUUUGACUUCUACCUGUGCAGCCAUGCUGGCAUCCAGGGCACCAGCCGUCCCUCUCACUAUCACGUGUUGUGGGACGACAACUGUUUCACCGCUGACGAGCUCCAGCUUUUGACCUAUCAGCUCUGCCACACUUAUGUGCGCUGCACCCGCUCCGUCUCCAUCCCCGCGCCAGCUUACUAUGCCCGGCUAGUGGCCUUCCGUGCACGCUAUCAUUUAGUGGACAAAGACCAUGACAGUGCUGAAGGCAGUCACGUAUCAGGACAGAGCAACGGUCGAGACCCGCAGGCGCUGGCGAAAGCUGUGCAGAUUCACUACGACACACAGCACACCAUGUACUUCGCCUGACCACAGCCAGCAGG